CUUCAACAAUUGAGAAACACUUGUUAAACAGAACAAAAUUGCGGGGAAAUAUCUGUGCAACGGGAACUCAAUUUUAAGGUAAAUUCUUUUAGUAACCGAAAGAAAUAUUAUCAUAAAACCCUUAGCAUCAACAUAAAUGCAUCUAUCACUGCACAAAUUAAUCAUAAAAAACUGAUCAAAAACUCCCAACUUCUUCACGAAGAUGACAAAUAUGAAUACUAGUUAUCCGUGCUAGCUAUCAUCAUACUACUACCGGCUCGAUUCUACCCCAUCCCGUCAGUGUUGUCCCAUGUGUUGCUGGUCGUACUGCGCAUGCUUGAGGCCAUGGGUCUUCCCACCCCAAACAAGCGUGGGGGGCUUGCUCGGAGAUGACUUCUCAUUCAGUCAGCGAGUGUCGUGCCGUUCGCAUCGUUCGUCGAUGGUGCUCCCGCGAACAACCGCGAAGACUCGCUCCUGUUAAAGCCGCGAGAAGUUAACGUCGUCGUCGCGAGUUAAAGUUCUCCGAACGGGGUGCAGGCUAGACGACCAAGACAGUCUCGUUCUAAGUGAUUCACUUCAAUUGACCGUAAUUGAGAAGUGCGGAGUCGGCUUAAGGCCCCGGAACGGCUUAAUUAAAGUGACGCGUGGGCCAUCGAUUGGUCCGUCGGAUCACGGCCAGGUCAAUUGGACGUUAAAACUGAGCAGUGUGCGUGUGCGUGUGUUUGUGUGCGCGGUGCACGAAUGUUGAUAGACGCUCGAGAGCAAACGUGACGCGCGCGCGCACCAAAUGUUUUGCCCGAGCAACGAAACGCUUCAGAAUCUGACCGAAAAGACGAAACUAUUGGCCCACAAAUGUACGCAGCAGAUACGGGCCGGCGUUACGACGGCGGUGCACGUACCGAGUGGACAAGAACCAUCGCAACAGCAGCAGCAGCAGCAGCAGCAGCAGCAGCAUCAGGGAGAAGUCCAUGGUCCGGGUGCAGCGAGUACAGAUAUGCCGGCGAGUAAGGGUAGUGAGCAGACGCAGCGAACUGCGACGACCGCGACGACGAGUGAGGGUUUGUCGAACAGUGCCGAUGGCGGGAAGAGCACUCUGCGUUGCUUCUGCCCGUGCAAGGGAACGUUCAGUAAGAUCAUGGGCAAGAAGUUGGCCGGCAAGCUACAGCAUCAACAGCACCAGCAGCAGGAGCAUCAACAGAGUCAGCGCACCACCAGGUGGUAUGUGAAGCAGCCCACCUGGCGGUUAUGGGGCGAAGAGCGCGAAGAGAACGCCAUUUACACGGUUUACCUUAAGAAGGUUCGCUACCACCGACCAACGCCCAGUGCCAGCAGUCAAGACUCGGACGAUGAGAUAUCGCACCUGGAGUGGGAAACGGUGCGAGUGCGGUUCGUGAAGGCGGCCACCCUCUCCCGGCUCGUCGACGCGCUGGCCACCGAUGAUGGCGAGCUGGAGAGCACGUUCGUCAACGUGUUCCUUAACACCUACCGCACGUUCGCCCAGCCGGAGAAGGUGCUCGAUCUGCUGCUCGAACGCUACGAGAAGCUGCACAGCGAACCGGGGCUCGUGCAGCCAGAAUCCGUGUCCGAUCAGCACAAGAAAACUCUAGUCUCUGUACUGCACGUGUGGCUCGACGGGUUCCCGGAGGACUGGGACACGGAUAAUCUGCAAAGGCUGCUAGCGUUCACCUCAAAGCGUUUGCCAAAAUCGGAAAUACACGUUAAAGCUUUAAAUAGGUUUACGAAUAGGUUAGACAAGUACAGUAGAAUACCACCGCCGUUGCCAUGGUCGAACGAUUAUCACGAUUUCACCGACCAGUUCGGUGGUCUCUGCCUCACGCCAGCCUUUCGCGGUCCACCGUCCCACCUGCUGCACUCGUACCGCUUUCCCAACAUUCCGGUGAAGCACUUUGCCGAGCAGCUAACACGGAUGGACAUGGAGCUGUUCAAGCGCCUAAUACCACACCAGUGUCUGGGUGCGAUCUGGUCGAACCGGGAUAAGCACGAGUGUGGCUCGGUGUUGGCGACUGUUACCCAGUUCAAUGCCGUUUCGUUUCGCGUCAUCUCGAGCAUCCUGAUCGAGCCACGGCUGAAGCCACAGGAGCGUGCCCUGCUCAUCUCGACCUGGAUCGAUAUUGCGCAGGAACUGCGGUUGCUGAAGAACUUUUCCUCGCUCAAGGCCAUCAUCUCCGGUCUGCAGUCGAACGCGGUUUAUCGGCUGUCGAAGACGUGGGCCGUACUGCCAAGGGAUAAGUUGGAGCUGUACAACGAGCUGGCGAGGAUCUUCUCGGAGGAUAACAAUGCGUGGGCCCAGCGAGAGGUGCUGAUGCGCGAGGGAACGGCCAAGUUUGCCGACACGGUCGGUGAGAACGAUCGUCACCUGCAGAAGGUGUUCCAGAAGCAGAACACACUGAUCAGCCACGGCACGAUACCGUACCUUGGGACGUUUCUGACCGAUCUGACCAUGAUACAUGCCGCCAUUCCGGAUACGCUGCAGGAUGGACUGAUCAAUUUUGACAAGCGACGCAAGGAGUUUGAGGUGCUCGCACAGAUUAAGCUGCUACAGGGUGCGGCCAACACGUACCAUCUACCGGAUGAUCCACUGUUUGAUCGCUGGUUUGCCUCGUUGCUGGUACUGGACGAACGGGAGGCGCACACACUGAGCUGUUCGCUUGAACCGGCGCCCGAAAUGGCCAAGAGGCCACCGGUACCGGUACCACAGCAUAGUCACGGGAUGAGUGGUGGUGGUGGUGGAGCGGCGCUCAAUGCCGGCAGUGGGACACCGGGCCACAAGAAAAGCGAUUCCAUUGCGUCGAACUCGAGCAGUGGAGCCGGUUCUCAGUUCUACUGUGAUAUCAACAGCACCUCCAAUGCUAGCUACAGUUCGCGCAAUAAUUCGCUCGAUCGCGAUGCGACACCACCGAACGCAUCGCUUCUGUCCGCUGCCAGCAGUGUAUCGUCACUGUCCAUGGAUUCGACGACCUCGAGCAGUCAACGGUCGAACCAUCCGAGUCAGAACGGUGGCACGGUCCGUACACCACAGUCUUCCCGGGCACACAACAACAGCACGGCAUCGGGCAAGAGUGGGAAUGGAAGCGCACACACCGAAACACCGAUCAUCAAUGGUCAGCUGGUGCAGAGUUCGCCCCUUAAAGGCAGCUCACCCGAUUUCUACAUCAUCAAGGUGACGUACGAGACGGAGCAGGUCGAGCUGGAUGGGAUUGUGCUGUACAAGAGCAUCAUGCUGGCGAACAAUGAGCGUACACCGCAGGUCAUACGGAAUGCGAUGCUCAAGCUGGGACUCGAGGGUGAUCCCGAUCGGUACACGCUGGCGCAGGUUCUACCCGAUAAGGAACUGCUGCUCCCGAACAAUGCGAACGUGUACUACGCCGUUAAUACGGCGUACAAUUUGAACUUUAUUUUGCGCCCCAAAAAGGAUGGUGCUGGUGGUGCGGCGAGUGGUCCUGCCGGAGUUGGCAGUGGUCGGCCUUAGGCGGGCCUUAGCCCCGUGCUCUACUGUAAAAACUGCUUUCUUUAGUGUAAGAAACACACACGACGGUGAUCUGAUAUUGUUGCUUGUUUUUAAUCUCAAACGAUAUUGAGACACCCUUUGGUGUCCUUUGCGCGAUCGGAAUUGUACAGUUUUUUUUUAUUUAAUCGACAGUUUUUAGAAAAGUACCACUGACGCGAAGGUACACGCGGAUCACAGGCAUGGCCGACGGAUGUGUUUGUGAUGUUGAAGGUCGCGCUUAAGGUGGAGUAGGCUGACGAUACCUAGGAAGGGUUGCUAGGCCACAGUUUCAAGACAAAGAAGCCGUAAAAAACACAUUCUAACGCAUGGUAUUACAUGAAUGCUACUUAGACUACUAGGAAUCGAACAAGAUGUUGCGUGAAACCAUUGUAAAGCGGUGUAGAGUUUAGCCUGGGCCGAUUUUGGGUGUUGUUUGUUUUUGAACGUCACCGUUUCGCGGCGCGAUCGCAGGCCAGGUUAAUCGCUAAACCGAUACCACACCAUACGAGCUUCUUCGGUAACACGGACGGAGGAUGACGGAUGAGAGGUCUCUUUUCUGGAAUCUAUACAACAGGAAAGGAAUGUGAAUGGUAUCUGUCUGCCGCGCUCGGUUAUUCGGUGCCGCACACGCACGUGUACAAGUAUUUUACUAGCGGAUAACAAAUAAACGGAACACAAAAUUCAAGGUAUUCAAAAGUAUUUUCCGGCGCAGGAGUUUUAUUUUCCACCGAAACGAAAAUCCGUCAUGUGCUCAAGGGUUAAUGUGUCUUCGCUAGAGGCACCCGACGACAAGCAAAACGCAGCAGUCGUGGAAUAUU